GUCUUACGUCAUAUCCGAGAUUCCGAGCAGGAAGUACUCAGGAUUGUAUAUUUUGAUCUAAUUCAACUACUGCUGCUGUUCGUUAAUCGUGAGCGCCAGUUAGUAAACGUGCUGCAAUAUGUCGCAGGAUUUGUGGUCACAGAAUUAUGAUGCGACUUGUCGACUGACUCAAGAAAUUGCAGAAAAUACUCAUGAAAGGAACAGGCAGCAGAGAACCGGGGGAAACCCAGCCAAGCUUAACAUGACCCUAAGAGCAUCAUUACAAAAACUUAAGCAGAAUGUAGCACAGCUUAGGGAGAAUUUGAUGCGAGAUGCUGCUCAACGGCACAUAAUGCAAGCUGAAGCAGACAGAAGACAAAACCUUGUUGACGAUCUUUCUACCAGAGAAAAAAGGCUAAACGCCUUCUUUAAAGGAGACAUCACAGAAGCAGAGCAAUCAAGGUCAACGCUGAUGACAGAAAAUAGGGCGGGGCCAACAGUGAACCCUUGGGUUGUCAAUGAAACUGAGGAAACCAGAGGACUCAGCUUUGGAGAAAUAAGACAACAGCAGCAGCAGAUUGUUGAAGCUCAGGAUGCUGGCUUGGAUGCUCUUGCUGCAGUCAUAAGCAGACAAAAACAGAUGGGUCGGGAAAUCGGCAAUGAGCUGGAUGAACACAAUGAGAUAAUUGAUGACAUCACUCAGCUCGUGGACAAGACAGACAGCCGCAUCAAAAACGAGACACACAAAGUCAAGUUGGUGGAGAACAAAUCUGCUUCCUGUGGCAUGCUGGUGGUGAUCGUUCUUCUGCUCAUUGCUAUCAUUGUUGUAGCAGUUUGGCCCACAGGGUAAUGAAAAAGAUGCUGAAGACACAAAUGCAACAUCUUAUACCGUUUAAAAAGUGUGGGGGGUAAACAAGGGAUAUGCACAGUUUAUAUGGAGUCUGUACACACUUUCUUUCAAAUCCCUCUUUAUUUUCCAUUGUUUCAGAUAAUGAUCGAAAACAUAAAAGAUCUUUAAAAGAUUUUGAUAUUUUGAAUUGAACAAUGACCUCGAUUUUGUCAUUAGCUGCUUUUUGUGAAUAGUUUUUUGUUAUCGUGAAGGUUACAAAUUCUAAUUAAUGCCAUUUAUACAUACUUAUUCUAAACUUGUUUUGCAUUUGUCUGUUUUGUAUGUACUAUGCUGUAUCACUAUACUGUACUUACAAUACAUUUUAAUUAAAUAUUUCUGUCAGUUCUA